UAAAAAUAAGAAAAAUAUAUCAGUGUCUUCUUCCAGACUCUGUAAAAAAACAAGCGCCUUGUUUGAGAAGCCAAAAUAAUGAAAAAGCAGAGACAUUGAGCAUCAGAAGUAAGCGAGCAGCAACAAAGAUUCAGACGAAGUUUCUUCCUUUCCAAGCCAAAAUCCAUUACUCUAAUACUUUUAUAGCUCUUCUCUUUCUCUUUUUCUCUUUUUGUCUAUAUAUGUAUGUAUGUAAAUAUAUAGUCACUCUCUAUAAACUUGUUAGCAGAGAUUUUGAUACUGUUACCACUUACCAGUCUAGCCAUUAAAGCAUUCACGUUGUACCCCACGAGAAAUCGGGAGGUUUUUCUCACGGGAAAGCAUUUUUUUUUCUCCACCUCUCCUUGACCCUUUUCUCCAAAAAGCUCAAUCUCUGUCUCCCUCUAUAUAAAAAACCAGAGAUCUCUUCCUUCUUUCAACGAACUUUGAAUCUCAAGCUUUUUUUUUCUCUUUUCUUUUGCUUUUCUGUAUCUCUCAGUCUCUAAUGGCGAAACAGAGGAGUUUGGGAGUUGGGUUUCUUCGAGGAUGGUGCUUGGUAUUCUCCCUCUGUUUGUUUCAAUGUAACAUGAUCACCUUCGCCAUUCUCGACCCACUUGAUUUUUUGGCUUUGCAAUCGAUUCGAAAAGCUCUCCAUGACUUGCCUGGCUCGAGUUUCUUCGCUUCCUGGGAUUUCACUUCCGACCCAUGUAACUUCGCCGGCGUUUACUGUGAUGCCGAAAAGGUAAUUUCUCUCAAUCUCGGCGAUCCAAGAGCUGGUUCUCCGGGUCUCACAGGUCGGGUUGACGCGGCAAUAGGUAAGCUCUCUGCAUUAGCCGAGUUCUCGAUCGUUCCGGGUCGAGUCUAUGGUCCACUACCGCAGUCAAUCUCUCAAUUGAAAAAUCUAAGGUUCCUCGCCAUCAGCCGGAACUUCAUCUCCGGCGGGGUACCGGCGACACUGGGUCACCUCCGCAAUCUCAGAACUCUUGACCUGAGCUACAACCAGCUCGCCGGAGAAAUCCCACGCAGCAUAGGAACCUUACCGGAGCUCACAAACCUCAUUCUCUGCCACAACCGCAUCUCCGGUUCGAUUCCUCCAUUUCUUUCUCAAUCGCUGACCCGACUCGACCUGAAGCACAACAGUCUUACUGGUUCGCUGGCUCCGAGCUCCCUCCCACCUUCCCUACAGUACCUCUCUCUGGCGUGGAACAAGCUCUCCGGUUCAGUGGACCGCGCACUGAGCCGGCUCGACCAGCUGAACUACCUAGACUUGAGCUUGAACCACUUCACGGGUGCAAUCCCGGGUCGGAUAUUCACAUUCCCAAUCACUAACCUUCAAUUGCAAAGGAACCAGUUCACAGGCUCAGUCGAACCGAUCGACCAAGUUACGAUCCCGACCGUUGAUCUGAGCUUCAACAGUUUUUCGGGUCAAAUCUCACCGUUGUUCUCGACCGUACAGAAUCUCUACCUCAACAAUAACCGGUUCACGGGUCAAGUACCGGCUAGUUUCGUUGACCGGUUACUAGCUGCUAGCAUACAAAUACUGUACUUGCAGCAUAAUUUUUUAACUGGGAUUCAGAUUAAUCCGACGGCUGAUAUUCCUUUGAGCAGUUCGUUGUGUCUUCAAUAUAAUUGUAUGGUACCGCCCGUACACACACCUUGCCCCUUCAGGUCCGGGAAACAGAUUACAAGGCCUACAUCUCAGUGCAACGAGUGGAAAGGGUAAAUCUGGAAAUUCAUGUUGAUCUCCAGGGGUAUAAUGGGAAUUCAAAGUUAAAACGGUUUUUUUUUUAUGGGCAUUAUUAUCAUUAAACUAAUAUGAGUCCUUUUGUUGUGGGAUUCUUUUUAGUAUUCAUUUUAUUUAUUUAUUGAAAUUUUUGUCUAAAUUUGUGGGUACAAAUGUUGAUGAAGAAUAAAAUUUUGUGGAUACUUGAGAAAAAUAGUUAAUUAAUAGCUAUGAAUCCAGGGGGUUAUUUUUAUAUUUUGGGGCAGGAAAGGAAACGAUGGUGUAUAUUAAUAUAUGGUUGGUUUUUAAUAUAUGAUAAUUAAUACAUCUAUUAUA